GUCCGGCCGGAGGGGUUUGGUGCUGGGUGGUUUUGCCUGUGCUUCGGGUCGCGGCCGCGCCUGCGGCUCGGCUCACUGCCUGGGUGCUGGCGCCUCGGAGAUCGCGGUGAAACCCCAGCCUUCCGGCCGCCUGUGAAACCGGGCUCUGGCGCAGUGGGGCUGGGCGGCGGCCCCGGAGGCGGCGGCCCCGGAGGCGGCUGCAUCCAUCGCGGCGGCGGCCGUGCUCGGGUCUUGACCUCCGCCCUCCCGGGGUCCCCGGAGCCCAGGAGAAACAGGAAAUGGCAGACGAGGCGCUUUUCUUGCUUCUCCACAACGAGAUGGUGACGGGCGUCUACAAGUCCGCGGAUCAGGGGGAGGUGGAAAAUGGAAGAUGCAUUACUAAGCUGGAGAACAUGGGUUUUAGAGUGGGACAAGGAUUGAUAGAAAGGUUUACAAAGGACACUGCAAGAUUCAAGGAUGAAUUAGAUAUCAUGAAGUUCAUUUGCAAAGAUUUUUGGACCACUGUUUUCAAGAAACAAAUUGAUAAUCUAAGGACAAAUCAUCAGGGCAUCUAUGUGCUUCAAGACAACAAAUUUCGACUCCUGACUCAGAUGUCUGCAGGAAAACAGUAUUUAGAUCAUGCUCCUAAGUAUUUAGCAUUUACAUGUGGCUUAAUCAGAGGUGGCUUAUCAAAUUUGGGGAUAAAAAGUAUUGUGACAGCUGAAGUGUCAGCAAUGCCAGCAUGUAAAUUUCAAGUGAUGAUACAGAAGAUGUAGCAUGUACUCAGAUGCUUCUACAAUGUAAAGAGAUUAAAUUAUUCAUGUAUAAAAAUAUUUUAGUAGUAACUUUUGACUUACUGGCAUUGUCAUAAGUUUCUACAGUACAUUGAUUCGUGUAAGCUAUGUGUAAAUUUAAUUUAUUAGAUGGUAUAAUAUGCACUCUCAAAUAAGAUUGCCAUAGCAUAGUAUAUAUAACAUCUGAUGGAACAGGGGAGAGUAUCAGAGAAAAUUUUACUGAGACACUAUACACUAUGCUGGAGCUAUAUAUUAUAGUAUACCAAAUUCAACUUUAUUGCAUUAAAACAAAUUAAAUAAGCACAGCAACCAAGUAACAACAUUUUUUUGUGCUUCUGCUGGUCUGGUUUGUGAUAAUUAUUUGGCAUUAAAAAGGAGGGAGAAACUGAAGCCUUGCUGAAUUAACAGAGAGGAAAAAGUUAUCAUUUAUACCUAAUUUUUUCAUGUCCAGAAAAAAAAUGGAAGUAUAUGUAAAAAUGAGAAAUUUUCAUAUUUGUAUGAAGAAGCUUUGUAUUUUAAAUCUGGUCAUGGCACUACAAAAACGAAGACUGGAAGAGGAUUUCUGGAAUCAACAAGGGUGGAAAGAAGGGAGGUAAAUGUUUAAAAGAAAUCAGAUGAAGGAAAUUAAGAUAAAUGGACUCUAUCUCUAAAAAUACAUGAGACCAAUCAGGAAGACUCUUCACAUGGAAAAGUUACUUGUCCAAGUCAGUUUCACUACAUUCGCGUCAUGUCCAUUCUUCAACCAUACUAGGUAACAGGAAUAUUGAGUUCUGAUAAUAUUAAACAUGUCGCACAUGUUAAUAUUGCUUUUAUAUUAAGUAUCCCCCAUGGGUUUACCAGUGGUAUACAAUAAAUAUUGUUUGAUUUCUUAA